UGUAGUUUUUUUUUUUAAAAAAAGAGUAGAUUGUCUGAUGAUGACUUCCUAAACAGCCAAAAGUCUCUUUUUUCAUUAAUCCACUCCAACUUCUCCAUCUGCAACUUUAUUCUUCUACUCAAGUUAGAUUUUCAUUUCAUCGCUAAUCAUUUGCAUUUCGUUUAAUCUUGACCCUCAAUGAUCCAAAGAUCUCACAUUUUCUCUGUCUAUUGCUUGCCUGUAUCCGCUGAAUAAAGAAAUUCUGGGUAUCCUCCGUUUGAUCGGCCGAUCAUACUUUUCUCUUCUUUAGUAGUGUUUUUUUUCUUUCAAUCAGGGAUUAUAGCGUUCGUAUGUGGAAGAGUCUGUCCCGUUUUGUGCUCAGAUUUGAAGGAAAGGGAGUCUGGAACCUCUGAUCCCAUUGUAGCGGAGGAACUAUGCUGGAUCAUGGUUUUCAUGGCGGAGAAGAAGAAAUUUCUGAGCAUGAAAAGGCCUGGCCUUUGGAACCUCCUUCUUUGACAUGGCAGCGGAAACUUGACACCGUGGACAAGGUUCUGUCGGAGUUCAACCUCAGUGUGAAAGAGAUGGUUGCUUUGGCUCCAAUUGGCUAUCGACUAUGGAGACGUUUACGAGACAGAAAGGCGAAAGAAGGAUUAUUUGUUGAUCCUUUUACCAGGCGGCCUUUCUCAUCAUGCCAAGGUGUUCCUCUAGGUGGUAUGGGUGCAGGAAGCAUUGGUAGAAGCUACAAAGGUGAAUUCCUACGCUGGCAAAUAUUUCCAAGAAUAUGCGAGGACAGACCAGUUCAUGCAAACCAAUUUUCUGUAUUUGUUUCACGCCCAAAUGGUGAAAAAUAUUCUACCGUAUUAUGUGCAAGAAGCCCAGAAGUGAUAGAUGAUAAUUCAGCUUCUGGAAUAAGAUCUUGGGACUGGAGUCUUGGAGGACAAAAGUCUACAUACCAUGCCUUGUUUCCAAGGGCUUGGACAAUAUAUGACGGUGAACCUGACCCCUCGCUUAAGAUCGCUUGCCGUCAGAUUUCACCUUUUAUUCCUCAUAACUACAAGGAUAGCAGCCUGCCUGCAGCAGUCUUUACAUUCAAGAUUUCUAACUCGGGGAAGACACCUGCUGAUGUUACCUUGCUUUUCACUUGGGCAAAUUCUGUUGGUGGAGAUUCCGGAAGUUCUGGCCAACACUUCAACUCAAAGUUUAGGAUGGAAGAUGGCACUCGGGGUGUCCUCUUGCACCAUUUGACUGCGGGUGGACUACCCUCAGUAACUUUUGCAAUUGCAGCCAAAGAAUCUGACGUGGUUCGGGUCUCCGAGUGCCCUGCCUUUGUAAUAUCCGGGGAGUCGCAAGGCAUUACAGCAAAGGAUAUGUGGAGUGAAAUAAAAGAGUAUGGAUCCUUUGACCGCCUUAAGUUGGAAGAAGUUUCUGCGCCUUCUGAAAUGGGAUCAGUUAUUGGGGCAGCCGUAGCUGCUUCUUUGACUAUUCCAGCUAAGAAGGAGCAUACCGUCACAUUUGCAUUGGCAUGGGCUUGCCCAGAAAUAUAUUUCCAUAGUGGGAGAACAUACCACAGGCGCUACACAAAAUUCUAUGGCACUAUUGGCUGUGCAGCUGCAGAUAUUGCUCGUGAUGCUCUUCAUGAGCAUACCAACUGGGAAGCACAAAUAGAGGCAUGGCAAAAACCAAUUCUUGAUGACAAAAGGCUUCCGGAAUGGCACCCAGUUACUCUUUUCAAUGAACUCUAUUACCUUAACUCUGGAGGAACAAUAUGGACAGAUGGUUCGCCGCCAAUGCAUGUUUUGUCAACCAAUGGUGAUAAAAAGUUCUCCAUUGAUAGAUGUAUUUCAUCAAAUCCUAAAAGCAGUAGUGACCAAUCCCAAGCAACAACCGACACUGCUAUUCUCAUUCUUGAACGGAUGACCUCAGCACUAGAACAAAGACAAACUCGUACAACAGUUAGUGCUGCUCUAGGGACAUAUCUUCUUCAGAAGGGAGAAGAAAACGUUGGCCAGUUCUUGUAUCUUGAGGGAAGCGAGUAUCUCAUGUGUAAUACGUAUGAUGUUCAUUUCUAUGCAUCGUUUGCUUUAGCCAUGCUAUUCCCGAAACUCGAGCUUAGCAUUCAAAGAGACUAUGCUGCCGCAGUCAUGAUGCACGACCCCGAUAAGGUGGCCCUUCUGCAUGAUGGCAAACUGGGAACUAGAAAAGCACUUGGUGCUGUUCCCCAUGACAUUGGAAUGAAUGAUCCUUGGUUUGAGGUAAAUUUUUACAACCUCCAUAACACGGAUAGGUGGAAAGAUUUGAAUCCAAAGUUCGUCCUGCAAGUCUACAGGGAUUUCAUUGCCACUGGUGACAAAAAGUUUGCAGAAGCAGUUUGGCCUGCUGUGUAUAUGGCGAUUGCUUACAUGGACCAAUUUGACAAAGAUGGGGACGGGAUGAUUGAAAACGAAGGGUUUCCUGAUCAGACAUAUGAUGUGUGGUCUGUCUCGGGUGUGAGUGCAUACUGUGGUGGGCUAUGGGUGGCAGCAUUGCAGGCUGCAUCUGCAUUGGCAAGGGAAGUUGGCGAUAAGGGUUCUGCAGAAUACUUUUGGUUCAAGUUCCAGAAGGCAAAAAAAGUGUAUCAAAAACUAUGGAAUGGAUCAUACUUCAACUAUGAUGACUGUGGUGGUCGGGUCAGCUCUUCCAUUCAAGCUGAUCAGCUUGCUGGACAGUGGUAUGCUAGAGCAUGCGGUCUUGCACCUAUUGUUGAUGAAGAACAAGCCAGAACUUCCCUUGAGACUGUUUUUAAUUUCAAUGUCUUAAAGGUGAAGGAUGGGAGACGCGGGGCCGUGAAUGGGAUGCAACCAAAUGGUGAACCUGACUUAUCAUGCAUGCAGGCAAGAGAAAUCUGGUCUGGGGUUACCUAUGCUGUUGCUGCAGGCAUGAUUCAUGAAGACAUGUUUGAUUUGGCAUUUCAAACUGCCGUUGGAGUCUAUGAAACCAGUUGGUCUGAAAAAGGUUUCGGCUAUGCUUUCCAGACACCAGAAGGUUGGACCAUAGAUGGGAGGUACAGGUCUCUAGCCUACAUGCGCCCUUUGUCAAUCUGGGCAAUGCAGUGGGCAUUGACUAGGCCAAAGCCUUCUUCCAAGCCACAAGUGAUGCCCGAAACCAUCACCGAAGCUACUCUGCAAAGGCAACACGCUGGUUUUCAGAGAGUCGCCCGCCUUCUCAAGCUGCCCGACGAGAGAGAUACCAGAAGCGCGUUUCAGGUACUUUUCGAUUACACUUGUAAAAGAAUGGUUACUUGAAAACAAAGAAGAAGGAGAAGAAGAAACAUUUGAAGAAUUUCAGCCCAUAUCUAAUCAUGUGUAUUUGACCAUUUUUCCCACAUUCAAACAACAAAUAAUACUAUUUUUAUUUUUGGUUCUUAUAGAGUUUCACACUUGGACAUAAUACUAUAUACUUAGCUUGGUUAUACUAUAACUUUGUAUUGCCAUUUGUCCUCUUAU